AUGCCAUCGUACUCGGAGCCACCGACCCCGUUACGUGAUGACGAUUAUCUCUAUGCUUCACUGGAAACCAGCUCCUAUGAUGAUAUAAAACAUAUCCAGUCUUAUGUGAAGUCAGAAGUCCUCAUGUCGGCCCGUUAUAACUGUCUGCGGAAAAAACGUGAAGAGAUUGCCAGGUUCUUGGAGAACCACGCAAGCGAUGACCUUAGCAGUCAUAUUAACAGUCUCCGAUGUUUUGCGAGAUCGAACGGAGGUCUCAUACUCGAUCAGUAUCGAGCUCAAAUUUGGCCAGUGCUGGCACACCGCCUUUUAAGCUCUGCUGAUGGCGAGAAUGUAGACGACAAUGAUAGCGAUUCUUUUAUGUCUGAAUCCAACUCCUCGGUGGCAUCGUCGUUAACUCAGGACACGUUCCAGAAAAACAUAUAUCCACCUUUACAGGUUGAACUAGAUGUGCACAGAACUCUAGCAAGAUUCCCACCUAACAUAUCUGAUGAUCGGCGAUCUACCCUUCAAUAUCAGCUCACUCCUUUAAUUAUUCGAGUGCUUCGCACGAAUCCUCGUUUUCGAUACUACCAAGGUUUUCAUGACGUCUGUCUCACUGUUCUUUUGGUUUGCGGUGCUGAGACGGCUUUCGAAGUUUGUCGAAGCCUCGCUCAUUAUGGGCCUUUUCGUUCAUAUCUGUUGAAGUCACUAGAAGAAAGUGUUCUAAAGGAGUUGGAAUUUUUAUAUGUUAUUCUGUGGCGCGUAGACCCACAAUUGGAACGGGUAUUACGAGAAGUGCGCUUGGGUACCAUCUGUGUUUGCAAAUUACAGAUUGUACGGUUCUUCGAUGUAUUUCUCGCCUCACCUCCUUUAACCUCAAUAUACGUAUCUGCUGCUAUUGUUCUCAAAAGGAAAUCUGCAAUACUAACAUGUGACUGGUAA